CGUGUUGCGUGUUUAACACCCCGCUGAAGAAAUGAACAACUUCAUAGCUUCAGCAUCAGCAAUACAAGCAGGUCACACUUCAUGGACAUUUGGUGUGAAGAGUUAAAAGUUUUACUACAGCGCAUGUCUUAGCACGAAACUGCUAGACUAACGCUAAACAUGAGCCCAGUUCUCUUUGCUUUGCUUCUUCUGAUUUGUUCAGUGGAGCUACGCAGCCACGUCCGUCGCCCUCACCCGUCAGCCCAGGGAGAGGAUGCUUUGGACCCGCUGGUCAAGGAGGAGGCUCCUCUGGAUGAUGGUGGUGUUGUUGAGAGUUUGGAAGUUUCAGAACUGAGUCGAGCUGCCCGCCGGGACGGAUCUUCUAGGAGACGAGAUCACGGCCACCAGCGACCACAUGAAGACCCGAGCGGAUACUUCACCACACCGCGGGCGGACCGCCACACCACCGCCCUGCGGGCUAACUUGUCAUCGGGCCGCGGUGCCGGGCUGCUUAACCCACUGUUCCCGGUCACAGACGGCUCCUACUGGGCCUACGCGGUGAUGCUGCUCGCCCUAGUGCUCUUCUCCGUUGGCAUGGUGGGUAACCUGGCUGUCAUGUGCACCGUCUGGCAUAAUGUUUACCUGAAGACUGCUUGGAACUGCAUCCUCGCCGGACUGGCCCUUGUCGACUUCCUGGUGCUGUUCUUCUGCUUACCUGUGGUCGUCUUCCAUGAGCUUACAUUCAAGAGGUUGCUAGGAGACAUGUCCUGUCGCCUCGUGCCCUACCUGGAGGUGACCUCUCUGGGUGUGGCCACCUUCAGCCUCUGUGCUCUGAGUAUUGAUCGUUUCCACGCCGCCACGGGACCCGUACCCCUGCACACGUCGAGGGUGGAGCCCUGCCGGUCAAUCCUCUCCAAGCUGUCUGUUAUCUGGUUGGGCUCCUUGGUGCUGGCUUCCCCUGAGCUGCUCUUAUGGCAGCUGCUCCAGGAGGCAGUCAGCCUGCCAACCGCCACCACCGACCCUCAGCGGGGACAGGUGGGCGGCUCCCUGGCGGCUGCCUUCCGAGCACGAGCAGAUACCCUGGUGGUGGACAUAUGCGUCCGUGAGCCGUCUGAGGCACUCCCUGAGAGCAUGUACCCGCUGGUGUUGACCUACCACGAGGCUCGCAUGUGGUGGAUGUUUGGCUGCUACAUCUGCCUGCCACUGCUCUUCACUCUGGCCUGCGACCUGGUCACCAAGCAGGUGUCAGCGCCCAGACCCGUCAAGGCGGCAAGCAGACGCUCCUCCUCAUCCUCCUCCUGUGCUUCAUCUUCCUCCCCAACAAAGAAGAAGCACCAUGCGCGUCAGCAGAGGCUGCGCUCCACCGUCAUGGCGCUCAACGCUUUGUAUGUCACCUGUAAUUUACCAGAGAGCAUAUGUAACAUCACUCUGGCCUACGUCUCGGUCCCAGCCGUGGUUCUGUCGGCACUGGGCCUUGUGGGCCAGUUCUUCUUGUUUGUACGUUGCUCAGCGACGCCGGUGCUGCUGCUGUGCUUGUGUCGCUCACUGGGCCAGGCCUUCAUGGAAUGCUGCUGCUGCUGCUGCGACGAGUGCCUCCCUGAUGCCCACUCUUCCACCUUGGCCUCCACCGCCACCACCUCCGCCCUCUCCUCACCUACACCUCACUCGCCGUCUCCGUCCCUGUUGCCCUCGGGCAAAGAGGAGACAGUGAAGGUAGAAGUAACCUAUGAUCGGGCCAAAGACUCAUCAGCAGCCAUUGGGACCCCUUGCUGAGUUCUACCAGUGAUUUCAUUCAGGUCAAGGUACAAUUUGUAGCUUGUGGAACAACAUAAUGCUUCCAAUUUCACACUCCAGACCAACAGAGGGCGGUGUAAAACCAGGGACUAUCUGCCCUAAAUCUCUUGAAGAAGGAAACAUUCAAAAUUUAAAUGGGUGAUGAUGCUUUGUGGAUUGUUUUGAGAAGGGACGAGCAUGAUACCGCUUCCAUAAAUGACUGGGAUAAUUAGCAAUUAGUAUUUGUGAUAUUAAUUUGAAGUUUUAUUCCAAGAAGCUGUGAACAUUCAUCUGCUGAUACUUCCAGACACAUCAUCAUUAAUACUCCUCACAUUGUCACAUGUUGAGGUUCACAAGUUCAACAUUAAACAUUAAAAACAAAAGUAAAAAAAGCAGAAAGCCCACUCAUGCUGAGGCUCAGAGGUAAAUAUCAUCACGUUCAAAGUGUAUGAAAACAAAAUCCUGAUUCUUAUAGAGAAAUACAUCAACAGAAAUGUGUCCACCACAUGGAAACAAACUCACAGUGUAACAAAGUUAUUGAUACGCUAACUUCACCAGCCUGGUGAACCCCACUCCAUCCUUCUUACACCACUCUGGAUUAUGAUAUUCCAGUAUUUUAAAAUGGACUUUGUAGUUUUUGUCAGUCAAGAUGAUCCAGGAUCAAACUUGGCUUUUUUUUUUGUUUGUUUACUUUGGAUUUCUUCGAAACCAGUUUAGGCAGCAAACUCGUUGCUGCAAAUCCAUGAUCGGUCAAAACAUUGCGUCAUGACAUAACCUAGUUGAUAGAUUGAUAGAAAUUACACAUGCAAACGAAAAAGUGCUAUAUUGUGUAACAAACUAGGUCAUACCCCUUGCACCAAAUUGGACCUUUAAAACAUCAAGAAUCCAUCUAAGUUUAUUAUUAAUGAAUUUUAGUAAUAGUGAUCUUACACUCUGAGAUUAUUUUCCUCUGGAAGUGUUCAUCAAACAAUUUAUGGGUGUUUUGUUACUUUUGACUUUUAGUAAAAUUUUCCUUUCUCA